CGCUUCGAAACCAAGCGGACGACUAUCCAACAGCAACAAUACAACAUACGCUCCCUACAACCACUUCAUCAAACACAUCAGCAUAAAGCCCUACACGCUUAACUUUGCUGCAUAGCUUCCAGGACUCCAUGCAACACCCUUUCUCGAGUCAACCUACAGCUGUCUACUAGAAGCAGCACAGACAACGCAAACACUUGCAUAUGCGAAGGCAUACACCUUUAGAGAUGCGGUCCGUACCUAUUGGCAUUGCUGGCAGUCGGUGCUUAAUGACCGCACGUUGCCCGCCGACGGCCCUACAACGAACCCGUCACACCGUUAGGGUAACUGCUUCGUCCGUCGCAAUGCCGGCGAUACAGGCCAACGCAGGACGUACCCACUACCAGGUCCUAGGAGUGCAGCCCGCUGCGUCCCCUGAUGAGAUCCGGGUGGCGUUCCGUCGCCUCGCCAAGACCUUGCACCCGGAUCGCAACAAGGCGCCGAGUGCCAUCCAAGAAUUCCAAGUAGUCAAGCAAGCCUACGAUGUGCUGGCGGAUGUUGCGGCACGUGCGGACUACGACCGAGCCAUGAAGAUCCAGGACAUGGCGGCUGCGGUGGCAGCAGCGGGUCGUCGCGCGUCCACGGUCAAGCAACGACGCAGCGCCAGCAAGCCGUUCUCCGGGGCAACCCCAACGACGGCGGCACGGCGCGCGCCCAGCACCCACCACCGGGUCCACCGCGUCUCUGGCGAUGACUUUCACGCCUUCACACAGGCCCGCACAGCGACGCCCUCUCCACCGCGCCCGAGCCACUUUAGCAGCAGCAGUAGCAACCAUCACUACCGACCCGCUUCAACAGCCUCGGCAUCUGGGAGCAGCAGAGCCUAUCGCAGCGUCUUUGACGGCCCGCUGCGACCGCCGCCUCCGCAGCAACCACACCAGCAACAGCAGCAACGAUCGCCGCCUCCAUCUGAACCGCUCAGGCAGCCCACAGCAGCGGCCGAAGCGGCGACAACGGUCACUGGUGCUGGAUCCAUCGCAACAGCACCGCAGCCUGGAUUUGAUGUGCGUCUUACAUCGUCGGCAGCUGCUGCUGGGCUCAGCAGCGUCAGCAGCAACAGCAACGGGGCACGGAAGGGCAAUCACGCCAGCAGUAGUAGCCGUAGCGCUCCCCAGGCUGGUACGGCAGAUGAGGCCGAAAGGCAUUCCGUCGGCAACGCCAGCACCAGCGCCAAUGCAUCCUCUCCGCAUCACUUCGGAGUAGGGAGCGGCUCAGUCCCUCCUUCCGCUGCCGCUAGCAAGCCAAGUAGCAUAAGCAGCACCCACAGCAGCAGAUGCAUCUUCAACGGUCGGUCCAUUUCUCCCAAUCUUGAUGCGCCCUCGCCAUCGCCUGCGCCAAACGCUGCGCCGAUGUCGGCCCUUUGGACAACAGCAGCAGCCGCUUCAGAACCCGCACCAGCCUCAGCUGCAGAGCAAGCCACCAGUGCAGCAGGGUCUCAGCAAAGCCGUACAACUGCUUCCGUUAUCGUACAACUGGGCAGACCGGAUGUAGUCGUCACACCGGUGCCUCCGCC